AUGCCGGAUCCGCAUAAACACACGACGAGCUCUUCUCGGCACGGCUCUUUGUCUGAUAGCCGCCCGCAGCACGGGGAGAGCAGCCGAGGUCCCGCGGGCCAUGAUGUUAUUUUGGAAAGCUUGGCUGCCCAGCGUCGGACUCUCAGGCGGAUGGACGGUGUUAGGCACGGUGUCGUGUUCCAGAUGAUGCCUCGGGUGUUUCGGCAGCGGUAUAACAACGAGUUGCGAAGACGCGGGGAUCAGCUCGCACACCAGUAUGGCCAGCGCCAAGAAGAGCUGGCGCAGGAGCAGGCGUUGGCCCAGGGCCCGUUUGCGCCGGGCGAAGUGUAUCAAUAUAUUCACCAGUCGCGGUGGACUGCGGUGGCCGAGAAUGAGCAGUUGACAGACGUCAAGUGGUCAGAGUGGGCUCAGGGCUUGCUGGAAGAAGAGAACCAAGAUCUGGAGCAAGCGGGCAAAUCUGACAGGAAGAAGAAGAAGAAGAAGAGGAAGAAGAACCGCAGCAGCCUCGGCUAA